UGCAGUCCAUAAGUGCCCGUGUGGAAGUGACAACCUGUCUUAAAAUUGUACGCAUUAAAUUUUCUAAAACAGCCACACAUUUCAACUUCAUACUUGGCCUGAGCUUAAAAAUGCAUAGUGAAUCUCAUCAAAUCCAAUCCGAUUCAGUAUCUGUAGAGCCUGAACCAGAUUCUGUGGCCAACAGAUGCCACGAGGCCGUCGCACAUUUUCGUCAUGAUAUCUCCCUUCUGGAGAUGGAAGUCAAGAAACUCGAUGACCAAAAGGCUAAAAUGCAGAUAGAAAUGAGAGGUUUGGACGAGAGGAAAGAUGAGAUGAAAAAAGAGCUAAAAAAUUUGGAUAACAAGAAAGAACAACUCAAAAAACGAGUUCAAGAAAAGCAGGAGUUACGGGACAAACUGCAAAAAUUAUCUGAAGAUUAUGGCAUGGAUAUAGAUGUCGGAACGCCAGAGCUCUUGGAGUCAAACCCUCAGCCAAGUGGAUCACGUGGCAACCAAGCCCCCGCUAUUAGUCCGACAGGGUGCCACACUAUCCAAGCCCUUGGGACCGGGAGUCUAGCUGUCCAAGCUCUGGGGACAGGCAAUAUCAUACAGACCACAUCUGCCGAUUCUUCACCUCUUGAACUGCUUGCCAGUGUUCCCGUAGCUGGAGGAGAUCUUGCUUCAUUUAUAAGCAAACACCAUGAACCGCCAGGAAAAAGGAAGAAAUAAUCACUGGUUGUAAAUUAAAAAUUACACUUUCUAGCACUAUCAUCUCUCUUCUAAUUAUAAGAUUAAUUCAGUGUCCAGAUACUUCGUUUUUUUCAAUAUGUGAAAAUUGCUAGCUUACAUAUGUACAUACAUAUUUAAUUUGAUAAGUUCCCCCUUCCGCUAUUGCAAUAAAUAUUCGUUUAAUAAGUUCCCAAAUAAUAUUUGUUCCCGUUUUUUUAGUAUAGUUCAUCAUCAUUACUACAAUUUCCGAA